ACUCUGAUAUCCGACUCUCUGAAAAUUUUGCUCACGUGAAAACAUUGAAAAUUUAUUUACAUUUAAAAAAAAUUUAGUGAUGAUCAUCGCCAGUAACUCACUACAUUUAAAGAUAUAACACAAACUAUGUCAUUUGAAGCAUUGGGUAUAGCCAGAUGGCUCGAUGAGGCACUCGCCUCUAUGAAAAUACAUACUCCUACAGCCAUUCAACAGGCUUGUAUACCUAAAAUUCUUAAGGGACAUGAUUGUAUAGGAGGAGCUAAAACUGGUAGUGGUAAGACCAUUGCGUUUGGAUUACCGAUGUUAUCACAAUGGUCAGAAGAUCCAUUUGGGAUAUUUGGGUUAGUUCUUACUCCUACUCGUGAAUUGGCUCUUCAAAUAGCCGAACAAUUUGCAGCUUUGGGAGCUUCUAUGAAUAUUCGUAUAGCAGUAGUUGUUGGAGGUGAAGACUUUGUACAACAGGCUAUCAAUUUAAAAAAUAAACCUCAUUUUGUAAUUGCCACUCCAGGUAGAUUGGCAGAUCAUAUAUUGAAUAGUGGAGAAGAAACCAUAGAAGGGUUAAGACGAGUUAAAUAUUUAGUGUUGGAUGAAGCAGAUAGACUUCUUAGUAAUAGUUUUGGUAGUGAUUUAGAGAGGUGUUUUUCAGCCUUACCUAGCUCUGACUCAAGACAAACUUUAUUAUUUACUGCUACAGUUACUGAUGCUGUGAGAGCGUUGAAGGAUAAACCUGUUCCUUCCAAUAAACCUCCCGUAUUUAUUCAUGAAGUAGAAAAUAUCGAUAAUAUUGCCAUUCCAUCAACAUUAGCAUUACACUAUGUGUUUGUACCUUCAUAUGUGAAAGAAGCAUAUUUGCAUAGUAUUUUAAGUUUAGAAACAUUUAAGAAUUCAACAUCAAUCAUAUUUGUUAAUCGAACAUCUCAGGCUGAAGUAUUAAGAAGAAUGUUACGAAAGUUGGACUUUCGAGUUGCCUCAUUACAUUCAGAAAUGCCCCAAUCGGAAAGAACCAAUAGUUUACAUAGAUUCAAAGCGGGAGCAGCCAAAGUUUUAAUAGCCACAGAUGUAGGAUCUAGAGGGUUGGAUAUACCGACAGUCGAAUUAGUAGUUAAUUUCGAUAUCCCAGCUGAUCCUGAUGAUUUCAUUCAUAGAGUUGGUAGAACAGCAAGAGCGGGAAGAAAAGGUACUUCGAUCUCCAUUGUUGCUGAAAAGGAUAUUGAUAGAAUCAAGUCGAUAGAAGAGAGAAUCAAUAAGCAAAUGACUUUAUUAGAAGAAAUUGAUGAUGAUAAAGUUAUUAAGGAUUCCUUAACUGCAUCAAGUGUGGCCAAGAGAGAAUCGUUAAUGGAGAUGGACAAGGAGAACUUUGGGCUGAAACGGAAGAUUAACAAGCUGAAGGUAUCUAAGGUAGAGAAACCAUCUAAGAAGAAGCAUACACACAAGCACAAGCACAAGCCACAGUAAAAGUCAAAGUCAAAGUCAAAGUCAAAG